UCUAAUAACGCAAUGAGUUUCACUGGUAAAGUGGCAAUCGUGACUGGCGCUGCCUCCGGGAUAGGAGCUGCCACAGCCAAAGCACUUGCCAGAGAAGGUGCCAAGGUAGUCCUGGUCGAUAAAAACGAAGAAAAACUAAAAGAAGUCGCAAAGCAGUGCGAAAAACAUGGCAAUAAACCUCUCAUCAUCAGAGCAGAUAUCACGAAAGACGAAGAUGUUAAAACGAUAGUGAAAGAAACUAUCCACCAGUUUUAUCAGUUAGACAUACUGGUCAAUAAUGCUGGGAUUAGUAAUCAUAUAUCCAUAGUAGACGAAAAUCUUAUGGAAAGCUACGAUCUCACUAUGGACACGAAUCUCCGUUCAAUGGUCCAUUUGACGCACCUUGCUGCUCCUUACCUAAUCAUGACUAAGGGUAACGUCGUUAAUAUUUCAAGCAUCACCGCUUAUAGCUGCGGGCAUACGAAACGUCUGUGUUAUGCGAUUUCGAAAGCUGGAGUAAGUCACUUUACGCGCUGCGUGGCUUUAGACCUCGCUCAGCACGGAGUAAGAGUGAAUGCCGUAAAUCCUGGAGGUACCAAGACUAAUAUAUUGCAAAAUGCAGGGACGCCAAAUUCAGACGAAAUAUAUGAGUUCUGGAAAGAGCGCUCUGCGUUAAAAAGGAUGGUGGAGGCUGAAGAGGUCGCAGAUCUAAUUCUGUUCCUGGCCAGUGAUAAAGCUAGGAGUAUUACUGGAUCGGCGUAUGUUAUUGAUAAUGGUGCACUCUUAAGGUAAAUCAUUG